AACCCACCGCGCUGUUCCGCACCCCCGCGGGAGGCGCGGCGGGGAGGGGGUGGGUGCGCUUGGGGCGCAGCGCGGGGUGCGGAGCCGCCGCCCCGCUCCGCUCCGUUCCGCGGGCAUGCGCGCCUGCCUCGCACAUGCUCACUGCGCCCGCAGCGGGCGCGCACACUCCGCAGCGCUGCGACUCCGCGCUGCGCCUUCGGUAUAAGGAAAUGCUAGAUCUAGUGAUAUCACCCAGCCUGACUGUAAAUAGAGAGUGCCCUGACAGACUGAAGCUUAACCUUUCUAACGUUUAUGCCACAGCUCCAGAUGACAUAGAAGGUAGGUCAAAGCAAGGUUUUCCUAGGAGGUUUGAAGGUGAGCCAGGCAGCAGCAAAGCAGCACCACAGUGUCCUCUCCAUCUGUACUCCACCAAACAUUAUCCCCACAUAGUGGCAGUCCCAUCCUUCUCAACAAUGGCAACGUAUGGACAGACUCAGUACAGCACAGGGAUCCAGCAAGCUGCUGCGUACACUGCCUACCCUCCUCCAGGGCAGCCCUAUGGCAUCCCCUCCUACAGCAUCAAAACAGAGGACAGCCUGAGCCACUCCCCAGGGCAGAGUGGGUUUCUGAGCUAUGGAUCCAGCUUCAGUGCCCCAGCGGCUGGGCAAGCACCCUACACCUACCAGAUGCACGGCACGACAGGGAUUUACCAGGGAGCCAACGGCCUGACAAAUUCUGCAGGAUUUAGUGCUGUGCAUCAGGACUAUUCCUCGUAUCCAAGCUUUCCUCAAAGCCAGUACUCACAGUAUUACAGCUCCUCCUACAACUCUCCAUAUGUGUCUGCAAACAGCAUCAGCCCCUCAGCCAUCCCAACCUCCACUUACUCUCUGCAGGAGCCUUCUCACAAUAUCAGCAGUCAGAGCACAGAAUCACUCUCUGGGGAAUAUUCAACAACACCAGCAAAAGACACAGAGACAGACAGACACCACCGAGGGACAGAUGGCAAGGUCCGAGCCCGCUCAAAGAGAAGCAACGAUCCUUCCCCUGCUGCUGACAGUGAGAUUGAGCGUGUGUUCGUGUGGGAUCUGGACGAGACGAUCAUUAUCUUCCACUCCUUGCUCACGGGAACCUUUGCAUCCAGAUAUGGGAAGGACACCACGACGUCGGUGCGGAUAGGGCUUAUGAUGGAGGAGAUGAUCUUCAACCUUGCAGACACACAUCUGUUCUUUAAUGACCUGGAGGACUGUGACCAGAUCCACAUAGAUGAUGUAUCCUCAGAUGAUAAUGGCCAAGAUCUAAGCACCUACAACUUCUCUGCGGAUGGCUUCCACAGCUCCAGCGCCAGCGCCAGCCUGUGCCUGGGCUCGGGCGUGCACGGCGGCGUGGACUGGAUGCGGAAGCUGGCGUUCCGCUACCGGCGCGUCAAGGAGCUCUACAACACCUACAGGAACAACGUGGGGGGUUUAAUAGGAGCUCCUAAGAGGGAAACCUGGCUGCAGCUGAGAGCAGAACUUGAAGCACUGACUGAUCUCUGGCUCACACACGCUCUGAAGGCGCUGAAUUUGAUACACUCCCGGCCUAACUGUGUGAAUGUGUUGGUCACAACAACUCAGCUCAUCCCAGCUCUGGCCAAAGUGCUUCUCUAUGGACUGGGCACUGUCUUCCCCAUUGAGAACAUUUACAGUGCAACAAAAACAGGGAAGGAGAGCUGCUUUGAAAGGAUAAUGCAGAGGUUUGGGAGGAAAGCCGUGUACAUUGUAAUAGGAGAUGGUGUUGAAGAGGAACAGGGAGCAAAAAAGCACAACAUGCCCUUCUGGAGAAUCUCCUGUCAUGCUGACCUGGAAGCUCUUCGGCACGCCUUGGAACUUGAAUACUUGUAGCAGAGCCCAAGGCCUGAGCACUGUGAGGGCUUCACUCAAACUGUUCCCUGGGGUCCACCAAGUCCUCAACAUUUUCUUAGUAAAAACCACCCCCCAGCAACUGCAGUUUUUCCUUUUUUUGAAGGAGAACCCUUUCAGUGGAAUCCUUUCAGAACCUGCAGCCAAAGAACAUUGUCCCAAGUGGUCCUUCCUUUGGACAGAGGAGAAGCCUUCAGCUAACUCGCUGGCUACAGCUGGAGGCAUGGAGCUGUAGCUGCCUUAUGCCACCAAGAGCAGACUUACUGAAGCCUUGGGUCUGCUUGGCAGUUUCCUUGCUUUUGAAAGGGGAAGAGGACACAGGAAGGAGUCUCUGCACAUCCCAUGGGACCUUCUGGAAAUGAGAGUGAAACUGUUGAUUUGUUUUGGUUUGGUUUU